GAACUUAAACGCUCCUUCCAAUCUCCAGACGGAAUUAGGGAGGCUAAUGAGACGCUAGAACUUAAGACCAACCUUAAACCACUCAAUCACCAGGUCCCAGUUCUAGAAGACUCACCCAGACUAACACUAUCACACAAACCCGAGAGCAUUAUAACCCUCCCUAGGGCUACUGUGGUUAUGUUACGUAAAACCCUUCCUAGCCAAAACCCAGCCAGCAUACGCGAGGGACCUGACUCAAAACCACCUACGCCCAUUCAAGAAAAGGAUGAGGAAGUUUCGCCUACGGCAAUAAACGAUCAUCUCCUUAAUUGUGUUGAAGACACACUCCCAAAGGAACCUGUUCUGGAAGAGAUAGAGCCCAUUACUUACCCCCAAGACUAUAAUAUUCAAGAAUCCAAGGAGGAAUCUAUAGAUAAAGGAAUACUGUGCAGAGAAAAACCAACUUCAUCUAUGGAAACCUGUGCAAACUAUGAUUCAUCUGAAGAUUCAGACCAUACUUUCUUUGAUUCCUUACUUGACGGAUAUGACUAUGUAUGCCCGAAGGAUGGUUGGAACUUAAAAAGUUGGGAUGAACUUCCGGUGAGUGACGACGAGGACUCUUCCUUGGGGGAAGGCACGAUCAUAAUCAUUAAGCCACAAAAAGAUAGUCAGCCUAUCGAAGACAAGGAAGAAUUCAAUAUCGCUAUAAGGGCCAACGAUGUGGAUCAACUAAGGAGACUUCCGCCACCACCCAUCUACCUAGAGUCUCCGCCAUACAUCCUGUUGCCACCAAGCCGCAGGGAUGAGUCAAGGAUCCUGGACCUUGACCAAACAAAACAUCAAAUAGAGUGGCAUCAGAAGAGAGUUAGAAGGGCUAAAAUUUAUGACUCUCGGAUUGGAAAGUCACGGAAAAAGUGGAUGGAUGUUUCUUGGAUGAUUUCGCAUGGAAACCGCCGCACAUUGCAGAAUAUGGAAGUGCUCCCUUUGCACUCAGAGGAAGCGAAAAAGAAAUUUCUCACUUGGGGAAACACUAAGAUGCUCCAGCCCCCCAUGGUGUUGGACCCUGCUUAUCUGGAUGAACUAGGGCACUGGCAGGACAUUGAUGACUUGCUGUAUGACCCAAAAUGGAGAAUCCUGCUGUUCUUGCACGCACCAGCCAGCCUGGAAGCCACCAUCGAGUUCCUUUGUUCUCUCCGCUUCCUCAAUGACGGUGAGGAGGCAAGGUCAGUAGCCGAAGUCACCUCCACCACAAGGGUCACAUUCACUCUGAUGGGUAGACUGCUGAACCUAAUUGUGGCGGACUUAGGGUGGUUAAUUGGUCUAUACACGCUCGAUGAAACGAGGAGCCCUGCCUUUUCCGAUCUGCCCUAAUAGUUGGACCCCAAAUUCAACGUUAAGAAGUUCUGCCAAGCUCACGGGCAUGGACAAUUUCACGGUGGAGCAAGCCUAGCUAGGAAUUGGGCGCGUCCAUCUUAGAGAAUUUUGCAUCAUGCAUUGACUCACAGCUAUUUUGGCCAUUCACACGGCCCCGACGUGGUGUAUGAGUCUGAUAUGCUGUUUUUUGGAGUUUGGAGGCGCGCGUACCAGUCAAUUUA